GCGUGACGCACGGUGAUGCGAUAAUACUUUGUUCAUCCAAUAUUAAUCCCAUCUAAUUUUAGAUAUCUCACCCACACAUACCCAAAUCUAUGAGACUGAGUUAGAAAUAAGAAAAAAGGCAAAAAGUUUCGUGAAACGGACUUUCGUUCUAACUAGGGCAUCUUCCACACUUUGAAAACGACAAAAAGUCAAAAUCAAAACUUCACUAUGAUAGGAUCACUGAAAUUCGCAAUCAUUUUUUCAAAUAUUCUCGAUUCGAUUGUUGCGUUCUGACUUGGGUUGGACAGAUAUGUCUGAAAACUAGCUGUCAUGCUAUGUGUUGAGUUGAAGGAAAUCCAAUCGUCACUAUGAGUUGGUUGAGGAAUAGUCCACUGCGAACUAACUUCAGCAAACAACGAUCAAGAGAUUCACCACCCAAAGAUGCAGACCCUACAGCCUGCUACGACAGUUUUAGAAAACACUGGCAACAGACCCAUGAUAUUAUUUCACACACUCAGCCACCUGCUGGAAUACCGAGUCAAGAUGAUGUUCUGGGUGUUGUUAAUCACAUUGAUCAAAUGGUUACACUAUUGCUUCUUGAACUGCGCAACGCUACCCCAGUUAGUGAUAAUCGCCGUACAGCUACACCUACUCAUUCGCCAUGUCUGGAACAUCUUUUGAAUGAAAAUUUGCUUGACAAACUUUAUGAAUGGAGCUUACAUACUGGGAGAUUCAGCAAUGCGGUGCGGCUAGAGCAGCUGAAGCUUUAUGAGCUACUGGUAUCGCACAGCGGAACUUUAUUGGCACACGAACCUGUGGCAAGACCAUUAUUACGUCUGUUGGAACAAUGUGCAGAUGACAUAAUGCCACUGGAAGUAGAAAAAAAAUUAGUAGUCUUAUUGAAUCAAUUAUGUGUGGCACUGAUGCAAAACAUGGCAUUACUCGACCUCUUCUUUCAUCCUACAGCCAAUGGAAAAAGCAAAUUUAUUAUUUUCACGCUACUAAUUCCUCAUAUUCAUAGAGAAGGAGGAGUUGGUCAACAAGCGAGAGAUGCAAUGCUGCUAUGCAUGUCUCUCUCAAAGAAGAAUGAUGAAGUGGGAUUGUAUAUCGCAGAUCAUUCCAAUGUGUGUCCAGUAUUGGCUACAGGACUGAGCGGUCUUUAUUCAUUAUUACCUAGAAAGUUGGAUAUUGAGACAGAAGAUUGGCACAGGUUAACACCUGACGACAUAAAUGACAUACCAGCGGUGACACAGUUGAUGAAUUCCUUGGAAUUUUGCAAUGCUGUUGCGCAAGUAGCGCACCCUUUGAUACAGAAGCAACUGCUUGAAUUCCUUUAUCAAGGAUUCCUUGUGCCUGUAAUGGGACCAGCAUUACUUCAGGAAUCUGUUGGCUUGACCAUAGAACAGCUAGAUGCACCGCAAUACUGGACUGCAGUGGACGAACUGGUUGCUGCUACAGCCUACUUUGAUUUGUUUUUACGUUCGGUCACAGAACCUGGCUUACUACGAUCCCUGAUUAGAUUUUUACUUGAAGAUAAUUAUGACGAAUGCAGGAUAUUAGAUAGUCUCAUCCAAAGGAUAUCAUCGAUAUCGCGGCUCUGCAUAGUAACCUUGGCACUUUUUGAAACUUUGGUUGAGCUGAAUUGUGAAGACGUUAUGCUGGAACUAUGCCUUGGAGCACUGACUCCUUGUUCUCACGUAAUGCUUUCUCAACGGAGAAGAUUGCGAGACAUAGACCCAUUUGGACGAGCUGCAGAAAAAUUUCUAAGUCUUGCUCCGAAUUGUUGUUCUAGUGCAUUAACUUCAUCUACACCACCCAACUCUUUGCCCAACAUACCAGUCUCAACCCAUCGCAAAAAUUCGAAUACCGGUUUUGAGAGUUUCAAGUCUUUGCCUGUGCCAAUUAAUUAUGGAGCCAGACUAACGGAGAGCUUGUACGGAAACUAUCACGCCUACUUGUACGACGCCAGACAAAAGAUAGCAUCAUGUUACGUAGCCUGUUCAAAUUGGUCAUCUUUGUACGAUGGUGAAACUUUGAAAGAAAGUAAUGCUAACAGUAGUGUAACAACUUUGAUAGAUGAAAAUACUUUGAUCGAACGAACAAUUAAACGAAUAGAAAGUAAUCAAACUCUUUCAAAAGAUGCGACUAAAGAUGCUAUGACGCAAAGUGACAUCUUCAAAGAUACGGCGGGGAUAAGUGAGAGCUCCAAAGAGCCAUCGGUUCAGACUAUUUUAGAUAAUAUUGAAUCACUGUUGACCGGUGAAGACCUUAUUACGAGCAAAAAUGAUCCUUGUAAUUCAUUGAAUGAAAGGAACAUUGACAAUUUCAGUGGCACAUUUUCUCCAGAAGAACAAGCUAAACUGGACGCUGAUAUCGCAGAAUUAUUGAACGAGGAAAUCGCAAUCACUCAGCAAAUUAAAGAUACUUUGCAGUCAGAUAAAAAAGGAUCGGAUAGCGGAAUCGAUGAAUCAAAUACAGCAAUGAAUUCGCUUUUAUCUUUGGGCGAAAGUAGCGGUUAUGAAAGCUUUGCCUUCAAAGGUUCAUCGGAAUCAACUCCCGACAAUGAACAUAGUGAAGAUAGAAUAAGUGAACAUGAAGAAACUGAAACUGAAUUAAGUAUAGAACCUUCUGUACAAUUACACGGCAUAAAAGAUAUCAACUAUGUAACAAACGAGGGAUCAACAUCAAGUAAACAGUGCAAAGGGAACUCAUCGCAUAAUCAUGACAUUUUUAAUGGUCAACCAAAUGUUGGCAUUUUUCUAGACGUAGUCCUGCGAAAACUGGAAUGUAUGACGAACAACAAUGUCUAUGUAAAUUUGCAUUUAACCGGGCUCUUGAGCAGACUCGCGGUUUAUCCACAGCCGUUAUUGCAAUCGUUUUUACUGAACCACUCGCUCGUUUUCCAGCCUAGCAUCAGAUCCUUAUUUCAGGUACUAGCAUCUUUAAAACACAAAAUUGAUCAAUUUCUUUCACGACACAGUGAUAUCGAUCAAUUGGUGGAUCAGGCACGGAUAUUUUUAAUUAGUCGAGAAGACAAAUUAAUAAAUGCCAGGAAAAAUGUUCUCGAGGCGACUGCUCAAGCUGCAACUGUUAGACGUUAUUCCUCCACAAGUGAUUCAUUCUCUAGAGUUUUUAAACGUGAAUCAAAAAGAAGGAGUCUGACAUCAUCCCUGUCACAAAUGUUUAAACGAGCAGGUAGCAAUUCUGGACCAAGCAACUUAACUGGUUCCAUUAGUCAGCCAUCGAGCAUUUCAGAGGAUCAAUUAGUAGUUGUCAACGAUACUUCUAGACGCCGAUUUUAUAUGAAAACAUCAUGGGAAUCACCGAACGAGAUAAGUCCAGUGCAGAACAUUGUUCUGUGUGCAGUUGUAUUGGACGAAUGGUUGAAAGAGUUGGCAGCGAUCACGCAAGAACAUGCAAUAGCAUCGUUGACCAAUGGUCCUGAAUUCAGGGGUUGCGGUACACUUCUAUGUAAUGCAAUAAUGAUUUAAAAGUGUUUUCGAAUAAUACACAUAGGAUAUAACAUGUGGGUAUGAACAUAUCAAGGACUUGUUAUUCUGAUUCCUGAUUGUCGAAAACCCUCCAAAAUGUAUGAAUUUCUUGUACAAAGUAAGUACUAUUGGGUUCGUAAUAACAAGAUAACAAAUUUUCUGCUGCAAUCUGUUUGCUAAAUUCAUAAGUACGUAUCAGCCGGUGGGCAAGGAUUAUUGAGGGUUAUUGUGUAAGUGACCUGGAUAUGAGGGCCUCGAUUUCCGGUAACUUUAAUCGUUAAAAUUGGAAAGAAAAUAAUUCACGUGACAUGCCUGGUAUUGUUGGCAACAGCCUGCAAUGAAGAAUUUAUUGUUUACCUUACUAAUCAAAUCCAAAACCAAGCCACUGUAACAGUUAGUCAAGAACCAUAUCAUCUGAACAAUAUGUGCUGCAUUUUUCAGUUUUUCUUUCAGUAGCACGUUCUAAAUCCGGUAUGUAGUUUGGACCAUUUUUUUCACACAGUAAUGAUGAUGCCAUUACUGAAGAACAACCGGCAUCAAUGUAUUAACGAUUUCUUGCCAUUAGAGCGGAUAUUUUACAAUAUUCAAAAAAUGUAGAUGUAGAUAUGAAAUCAGGUGUAUAGGAAAGUUCGUUUACGAUAUAAUAGUUUCUCAAUUCUUUAUUUUUAUGUACUGCUACGAGAAUGCUUGUGGAUAUUGAGCAAUGAUUCAUGUAAAUAGAUGUGUAAAAUUUGAAUAUAAAAUUUACGUAUACACACAUACUUUGGCCAUUUGUAACAUUAUUUUUCUUGAAACAUUCGUAUUUAUAUGUAUAGUUUGACAAAUGUGCUGAGUUCUCGUUAUAACUGACCAUUUAUUUUGAUUAGCUGUCAGUGUGAUUGUGGAUAGGAGCUGAUGUGUAAUAAUAUAUUAUACAAAUAACUGUUAUGAGUAGAAGCGUAAAAGUUAUAAAACUAUCUAAAGUACGAUAGGUACAUGACAAAGUCUGAGGGUUUAUUACAGAUUUUGGCUGAAGAUAUAUUAUACUUUAAAUGCAACGCCUAAUCUUUAUCUAUCGUACUUUUGGCUAUAGUAAUUUUAUUAAAAAGAGUUUAUUAGUAUAUUACUAGUUGAAAACUAUCAAUAAUAGCCCUAUGUAUCAUAGUACAUCUCGUUAGUGCUACUUGUCAAAUUUUUUAACAUAUUGCUAAAAUUUAUCUAAAAGUGAUUGUCGAUAAUUGUCGACUAUUAAGAAAGCCAGAAAACAUCACAUUAGAACUUGAGGACCAGAUUUAAUUUCUACUUCCUGUGCCAAUGUUUGAUCAUCAGAUCUAUAGUUAUCGACAAGCUCGGAUUGAUGAGACAAAAGCUUUAGCAUCUAGCUUCUCAGAGCGACGUAUGAUAUUAAACAUGCAAUUAUACCUAUACAUGUGAUACAUUAUAAAUGCGGUAUCUAGGAAUCGAAAAACGUGAUUUUCAUUUGAAUUCUACUCGGAUAAUAUCAAAGCCAUAUUCAUGGAACGCUUUAUCUAUUACAUCUUAGUAUAAAUGUAUAAUGUUUCUCCAUGUGAUAUUAAGGUUGCACAUUUUUAUAGUGAUCACGUUUUUGUUUUUUAAUUAUUAUUGAAGAAUUAUCAAGUCAUGAAAGUAUAGGUUUGAAUUUCUAUAGAAUUAAUUUGCUCUUGAUUUGAACACUUCUUAUUCAUUUUAUCCUUCCCUCUCAGUUUCGCCUUUCAUAUUGCUAUUAUUCCCUUACCUUAUUCAAAAUACGCACAUGAUCGGAUUGAGUUGAUAAGUGGUUAUAUAUUUAUACUUGCAAUAAUUUACUUUUUAGUAUUGUGAAUAACAAAUUAGAACGAUUAUGUUGUAUCAACUCGUAUUUUACUUCAUAUGAAUAGAAUCUCAUGAUGUUUUUAUGAUCGUAUUACCAGAUCAUCUGUUCACCAUACUCCCCUCUGUUCAAAUUCUCGUUGUGAGAAUGAAUAGUCAACAGAUAAUUUUUUAUCAAAACCGAGCCAGGUGCAAUUUUUAAAAAAUUGUGAAGUAAUAUCGUCCAUACUAUAAAUUAUUUGUAGUAUAGAAUAGAAGUUUGAUAUCUGAUAAAUAUAUUAUGUCGUCUGAAAGACUUUUGAAUAAAUUUAAAAAUUUACUCACCA